CAACUGACAAGGCUGGACCGAGUGUGGCAGCAUCGUUUCCGGGACAUCUGAGAUUUUGAGUGAGAUUGAGAGGUUCUACGGGCAGCUUUACACGUCAUCGUUGGAACCACACGCAAGUGUGAGUAACGAUCCAAGAGCGAGUCUUAUCCGACACUAUUCCGAAGAUAUCCCGGUCCCGGACGUCAGUACGAGCGAGAUUAGAAUGGCUCUCCAGUACCUUAAAAACGGCAAGUCCCGGGCGAGGAUGGAAUUACAGCGGAGCUUUUAAAAGCGGGUGGAAAACCGGUACUUGAAGUCCUUCAGAAGCUCUUUAAUUCCGUUCUCCAUGGUGGCACUACUCCGGAGGCGUGAAGCAGAAGUGCGGUUGUCUUGUUCUUCAAGAAAGGCGACAACGCUCUCUUGAAGAACUACAGACCGAUUUCCCUUCUGAGCCGCGUCUACGUGCUGUUUUCGAGAGUCAUUACGAAUCGUCUCCCACGCAGACUUGACGACUUCCAGCCUCCUGAACAAGCCGGUUUUCGAAAAGGCUUUAGUACCAUAGACCACAUGCAUACCCUGCGGCGGAUUGUACAGAAGACAGAGGAGUACAAUCUGCCACUUUGCCUUGCGUAUGUGGACUAUGCUGCAGUCCCUUCAGCGGUGCCAAGUUGACUGUCGGUAUAUCGAAGUGCUGAAGUGUUUGUACAGUAGAGCUACGAUGGCUAUCCGAGUACAGAAUCAGAGUACGAAACCUAUCCAACUGCAGAGAGGUGUAAGAUAGGGUGACGUUAUAUCCCCGAAACUCUUCACCGCUGCAUUGGAAGACGUUUUCAAGCUACUGGACUGGAAAGGAUGCGGUAUUAACAUCAAUGGCGAGUACAUCACUCACCUUCGAUUUGCCGACGAUAUAGUCCUUAUGGCAGAAUCGCUGGAGGACCUAUGCACUAUGCUCAAUGACCUCAAUAGUGUCUCCCAACAGAUAGGUUUUAAGAUGAACAUGGACAAAACAAAAAUCAUGUUUAACGUCCUUGUCACACCUAUGCCGGUAGUUAUUGGGAGCACUAAGCUCGAAGUUGUUGACGAGUAUGCUUACCUGGGACAAAUAGUCCAACUAGGUAAGUGUAACUUCAACCGAGAGGUCAAUCGACGUAUUCAACUCUGCUGGGCAGCGUUCGUGAAACUACGACACAUCUUCUCGUUAGACAUACCUCAAAAACCUGAAAACGAAAUUGUACAACCAGUGCGUGUUGCCAGUAAUGACUUAUGGAUCUGAGACGUGGUCGUUCACUGCUGGCCGUAUGAGGAAGCUCAAGCUCGCUCAGCGAGCUAUGGAGAGGGUUAUGCUCCGGGUGUCUCUGCGUGAUAAACUUAGAAAUGAGGAUAUCCGCAGUAGAACCAGAGUAACCGACAUAGUCCAACGGAUUAGUUAGCUGAAGUGGCAGUGGGCUGGCCAUAUAGCUCGAAGAACCGACAACCGAUGGGGAAGCUUCUCGAGUGGCAGCCUCGUACCGGUAGGCGAAGUGUAGGGCGACCCCCCACUACAUGAAGUAACGACCUGAUGAGACAUGCAGGAAGUCGAUGGAUGCAGGUUGCUCAGGACCGUGCUUUGUGGCAUUCCUUGGGGGAGGCCUAUUUUCAGCAGUGGACUUGUGAAAGGCUGUAAUGAUGAGGUAUGAUAAUAAUUUUAGGUGGUAGUCCUUACGGGUGACAACGCAUCUGCAUUUUGAUUUACUAUCUUUAUUGAGGAUAGAUUUAGAUGUCAAUGGGUCACAACAACCACUUACCAUCAGUUUUAUUUCUAUUUCUAAAUAAUUUUCAUUUCGAUACUUGUGCUAUUUUACAUGUGGCAACUUCUAAAAACAACUGCGUUUAGUUUACGAUUAUUUUACGUUUAUUUAUUAAAAUCUUUUUAUUCAUAUUAUUAAUUAAUCCGAAGUUCUAAAAAUAGUACACUAAUAUGAAAAUAAAAUGCUUAGUUGCCUUAAUAUGUAGUGCAAAUUCUAUAACAGAGCAACAAAAAAAGUAUGAGGUACAAAAUCUGCCGUUCACCUUUGUUAGAUUUCUACUGAAACAACAGUAAUUUAAUUUUUGGAGUUGACAUCUUAAAAAAAAAUAUAAUUCAAUAUUCACUUUAUGUACUUUUUACGAGAAAAAUGUUAAUUGUAAAUAUUAUAAAAUAAAACGGGUUAUAAAUUUUCAUCUUUUCAACUCAUUUCGUAUUUCAGAGUGCGUAACUAUUUACGGGAAUUAUUAGCAAAAUUGGCGAAACAACAAAAACUCAACGAUGUGUGCUUUCUGACCAAAGAUUUUCACAUUUGGCCCGAUUUUCAUGGAAACAGGUCGCCAUUAGCAGAUCCUUCUUUAAAAGGGAUGAUUUGCGGACUUACGAUCAAUGAUAGUGAAGAAAACCUGGCUUUACGCUAUUUAGCAACAUUACAGGGUUUAGCGUACGGUACGCGACAUAUAAUGGAUGCGCUCAUAUUAGCCGGAUAUAAACCAUUUAAAUCACUGCUCAUCUGUGGAGGUAUAUCUAAAGAUCCACUUUUUGUACAAACACAAGCUGAUACCGUGGGUUUGCCAAUACUGAAGCCUCAUGAGACCGAAUCAGUUCUUCUCGGUUCUGCAAUCUUAGGAGCAUGCGCUUCGCAGUAUUUCAAUAAUGUUCAAGAUGCAAUCGUACAUAUGGGUGGUACUGCCGAUGUGGUGCGUCCAAAUUUAAAUACAAAGUUGUUCCAUGAUAAGAAAUAUAAGGUGUUUCUAAAUAUGUUCCAGGACCAGUUGAAGUACAGAGCAAUUAUGAAUUAGUUUGAUUUUAUAAUUUAUGUUUUUAUUAUUACAGUUUUUUAAUAUUGUAUUAAAUGUUAUUUUAUAAUAAAUAUACGAUCUAUAAUGUCUA